CUCUCCAUAACCAUCUUGCUUGAUGGAAUCUGCCAACACCAACCACUGAAACGUACAAUUCUAGAAACUUAAAUCUGGAUGUCGGUGGCUAAUGGCCAGCUGAGCUAAUAACGCCCAGCUUGCGCUAAUGGAAGAUGCAAGCGACAACAGCAGAGAGACACUAUCGUUGGAUAACGAUGAUCAGCUCUCCGGACGGACGCGCUCAGAGAGCGCAAGCAGCGGACACAAGCGCAACUCAUCCGGCUCACUAUUAUCCAAACUUUCUUUCCUACGCAUGAUACAAGCGACUCAUAACACCCCAGAGCGGGCUCAUUCCGGCAUCGACCGGGAUGAUAGCGAUGGUUUUGGUUCCAGUGUACGGGGAGGCAGAGCAAUGGCUAGCGCGCUACAGCAGCGAAGAACGCGAAGGAGGAGGGGCUCACUACGCAAAACCGCCCUACUAGGCACGCGAUUCGAAUAUCGAGAUAAAAAGGCCACACGAGCACCGAUCGACAUGCCACGGGGAGAUAUUAUCGGACAACAGCAACAGCUUGCCACAGGCUCACGAAUGCAACAACUGUUACCUGUCCCGGUUUCCCCGGACCAGAAUAUCGCACCCCACAGAAAUACGGAACAAGAUAAUCGUCAGGAUGAUAUGGCAUGGGAAGGUUUCAUGAAUGCGUCGCCAAAGUCACUGGAUCAAUCCGCUCACCAUCACCGGCAGAACCGCUCCCAAAAUAGUAUUCUUGGCGGAGAGAUAACUACCGAUGAUGAGGAUAUUGUGUCUUUCCCUCGUGCGAAAAAUACAAAUGCCGCUGUUGCUGCAGCUGCAGGCCUACAUCUUCAAUCUGCUUCUUCGAGCUCGGAUUCCUAUUAUGCGCUUUCGGCAGACUCAACGUACCGAGCUAUGCAUCGUACUAAAUCUCCUCUUGCGACGCAUGCGGUUGAUAUAACUAGUAGUCAGGAUAUGAACUGGGAUUACUCAGAAACGGAGUGGUGGGGCUGGAUUAUCCUGAUAGUGACAUGGCUUGUUUUUGUCGUGGGAAUGGGCAGUUGCUUUGGUGUCUGGAGCUGGGCUUGGGAUGUUGGAGAAACUCCUUAUGCGCCUCCCGAGCUUGAGGAUGAUCCGACACUCCCCAUCAUUGGGUAUUAUCCUGCUCUGAUUAUUUUGACGGCCGUUAUGUCGUGGGUGUGGGUUGUAGUUGCAUGGGUGGGUAUGAAAUAUUUCAAGCAUGCCAAUAUAUCGGGUGACGAUACAUAAUGUCUACCAUACUUGUGUAAUACCAUUUCUUUUCCUUUUUU